GAGAUUUGUGGUGCAAGAAUGCGAGGAGCAAGAAGAUAAUUUUCAAAGAAUGAGCCGUCGGAAUGUGCGUGAUGCCACAAAUCCCUUGGAGCUGCCUCAAACAUUGUAAGCUUAUAGCUCAAUGUAUACAUUUCCGACGGGAAAAUUAAAAACAUAAUAACAUAAUAAUAGAAGUUUACGAAAUACUUUCGGGUGAGUAAACCUGCAUUUAAAUACCUGCUGGAAACGUGUGGAUCCUCUAUUCAGCCUGACAAAAAGCAGUGCGCUGUACCAAUAAUAAUUAAACUUAGCGCUUGUUUGCGUUUGUUUGCCGAAGGUGGACACCAGACUGGAAUUGGCAUGGAUUAUGAUGUCGGUCUGGCCCAAUCAACUUUGAGCAAAAUACUAGUCGAAAUAUUAGACGUUUUCGAAAAAGCAAUUUGCCCGAAUUGGAUAAAGGUUCCAAAAUCGGAGGAAGCAAAGGGGAAGACUGCACAAAUUUUCUAUCUGAAACACAAAAUUCCUGGAGUAACAGGAUGCCUUGACGGAACUCAUGUUCGCAUUAUUGUGCCAACCGAAAAUAAACAUUUGUACUACAAUAGAAAAGGAAACUUUAGUUUAAAUGUUAUGCUGCUUUGUGACAAUUACUUAAAUAUUCGCUACGUUGAUGCAUCACAUCCCGGUGCCUGUCACGAUUCCUUCAUUUGGGAUUCCAGUGGUCUACGCGCUUACUGUGAACAGCAAUAUUUGCAAGGUGUUACUAACUUUUGGUUCUUAGGUAAGUGAUUAGUAUUUUAAUAUAUAUAAGUUUUUAAAUUGCUUUUCUUUAGGUGAUGCCGGCUAUCCGUUAGAGCCAUGGUUAUUAACUCCACACCGAAAUCCGCACGAAGGUUCAGCGGAAAUGAAAUUUAAUGAGGUCCACUCAAAAUGCAGAAACAUUAUUGAAAUAACCAAUGGAGUUUUGAAAAAUCGGUGGAGAUGUCUACUUGGCGUACGGGAGCUUCAUUAUACUCCAAAGAAGGCAGCGAAAAUCAUAAAUGCUUGCUGUUGUUUGCAUAACAUUUGCAUAUUUUUCAAAACAGAUGAAGUUCCACAUAAUGAUACUGGUGUUUAUAUUCCGGGAAGUGAAGUGUUCUCUAUAACUUCCUUUCAAAAUUUAAAUGCAGCUCAAAUGAUAAGAACCAAUAUUGGUAACUCACUCACCUAAAAUUUAUUAAUAUUUCUGUUUUUAUUCAUUUUUACGAAGGCUUAGUUCCUUUCUCCUAUAACUAACAUAAUGGA